AAAAAUUCAUCUUUCCCAUAUUUUCUCUCUCCCAACCUCUUUUAGCUCCCGUUUGAAAAAAAAAAAAAAACCUCUUUUAGCUCUUCUUUCUUUCUCUCAAGUCUCAACCUUUAAGAAAUUAAUUCAAGGUGGGUUUCGUCGGAUUUGUGGGGUUUUCGUAGUAGUUUCCGUCGAAUUUGUGGGGGGUUUCGUGGCUUGGGUUUUGUAAGGUUGGUUGGAAUUACGAGGACAUUUUCGCGAGGGUGUUAGCCUAGGUUUCGUGAGGGUGGUGGCCUGGGUUUGAGAUGGUGGUCGGAUUUUUUAGGGCUUUCAUGGGGGUGGUUGAAUUCGUGGGUUUUUCAUGAGGGUGAUUGGAUCUGUGGGCGUGGGUCUCAUGGAGGUGGAAAUUUCAUGGGAGUGUGGAUGCAGUGGUGGUAGCAAGGCGGUGUGGGUGCCUAGGUGGUUGUGCGAUGGUGGGUUGGGUGGUGGUCAGAUUUUUCUAGCAAUUUUCUGCUUAAUUUAAUUGUUUUUUUACUGUGAAGGAUGGUUUUUUUUUGUUAUGUUUCAAAAAAAAAAAAAAGGAUGGCUUUGUUAUGAAUUAUUGUUUAGUUUAGUUACUAUGAAUUGUUGUUUUAUUAUUAAUUAUUGUUUAGUUGCAUGUUGGAUAUUCAUGUGCUUGUGACUGUUGUAGAUGAUGAAUUUGACAACUUUGAUAUGGAUUUUGUUUAGUUUGAUUAUAUUUUUGAUUCUAGAUCAGAGAUCAUCAUUAUGUUUAAUUUGUUGUACUGAUUUUAGGAGAAUUUGGUCAAAUGGUGAUAUGGGUUAUUAGUUGUUGAAUUCGAAUGUUCAAUUAUCAAUAAAUUACAGCUAAAAUGUAGUUUAAUGUGUAAGUUCCACUAAAUUGAUUAUUAUAUAUGUAAUAAUAAUAAAAAAAUAUAUAUUUGCUUGCAAAUUACCUGUUGUAGCAAGUUACUCGCCGGAAAAGUAAACUUAGGCAGGUAAGAGUACCCAAUUUGCCACAAGCCAAAGUUGAGUACCCAAUCUGCAACUUUGGCCAAAGUUUAGUACCCACUUUUUAUAUUUACUCUUAUUUGUAGUCUGAUGAUUUAUGUAUGAAUUAACUUGUUUAAUGAACAAUUUGUAGGAAUCUACAGUUUCCCACCUUUUUUUUUCUACACCCCAAAAUUGGUAUGACAGCUUAACUUAACACAUUAUUAGAAGCAAAGAACAUUUUAUAUACUAAACUAUAUACUAACUUAAAUUCAACUAAAAUAAUCCAAAUAUCUUCUCUUUAAAUAAUUACUCUCUAAAACCCAUCUCUCCCAAAUAUUUGGAACCCACAAUUAAUAAAAAUUAAGAUUAAAUAUUAACAUUUCCAAGUUUAGAUGUCUUGAGUUACAUACAAGAAAUCAAAAAGCAAAAGUUUAUAUUAGAAAGAAGAAAAGAAGGAUAAAUUGGAUUGUUUACAGAAUCUUCAAAGUAGUACAUACUAAAUGUUAAUUCUAACACCAAAAAUGAAGCAAUCUAAGUCCAUUUUCUGAUCCUAUAUAAAAAGAAACAGCUACAAACUGAUAUAAUCAUCAUAACAAACCCCUCGAUUUCGAGCACAUUGCAUUCGUACCUCACCCCCUUAAACCUCGAAAAAUAUGGCUGUUCCACAAGGUACUACAACUAAAAAAAGAAGUCCAAUUACACUAUGUGCCAUAUGUUGUCUAGCAUUGAUCGUGAUCGUGGGGCUUGCAAUCCUCAUAACUUGGCUAGCCAUUAAGCCGAAGAAGAUUCAGUACUCUAUCGAUGAAGGCUGGAUCAGGGACUACAACUUGAACAACAGUCGUCUAACAUCCACAUUCAAUUUUGUCAUAAGGACAUAUAAUCCCAACAAUAAGGCCAAGAUAUACUAUGACAGAAUGGAUGUCACAGUGUACUAUCGAGGCCAGAAUGUGUCCUACGAUGAUAUGGACCCUUUUCGACAACCUAAGAAGAAUGUCACCAGGCUCAUGUAUCAGAAAAAUACUAAGGAUGUUGUACUGUCAUCAGAUUCUGCUCAGCAUCUGAAACUCGAGAGGACUGGUGGACAGGUUGAUCUUGAUGUAAAGAUCAACGCGAAGAUUAGGUUCAAGGUAGGAGUGUUCAAAACUCGACAUUAUAAAUUAAAGGUAUUAUGCUCCCCUGUGGUUGUUAACUUCUCGAAUGAUAAGAGGUUUCAGAAGACAGACUGCGAUGUCGACUACUGAUAUAUAUAUAUUUAUUCUGCACUGAUUAGUUUGAUGUCAUAUAUACAUUGGUUUUUUUUUUUUUUUUCUUUGUUUUCGUUUGUUUUUUUUUUUUUUUAUUGAUUGUAUUCUUCGAUUCAUUGGCACUCACUAGUUUUAUGUGUUUUUGUUGUUUCUUUUCUGAUUUGAAUAUUUCUUCUUGUUUUCUAAGAGAAAUGAGCUGGGGAUUGUACUGAUGAACAUCAUUUUGCUGUUUGUGUAAAAAUUUAUGUUUAAUGAAAUUGUUCAAAUGUUUAAAAGCUUUAAUAUAUUUGUGUAUA